AUCAUCAUCAUUAUUUGAUAAUUAUUUUUUGCUAUUAUCACACUAAUAUCACAUUAAUAUCACACUAAUAUCAAUAUCCAUCAUCAUCAUCAUCAUCAUCAUCCUUAACUACCAUCAAUUAAAUCAUCAUCAUCAUACAUCAUCAUGAUACCAUCAUCAUCGAAAGAAUCAUCAUCAUCAUUCAUUAAAACAUAUUGCACUCUAUAUAAUUUACAAUAUGUUUUCCUAAGCACUCUUUUUCUAAGCGAUUACAUUAUCAUUCAAUCACCAGGUUGGAUCAUCAAAACCCUAGUCGGCAUUGCAUUAGUAUCAUCCUUAUUUUUACCUUUUAUUCGACGUUUCACUAAACCUGCCUUACCUAUCUUUGCAUGGCUCAUCACCUUUUACGCAUGUCAAUUCAUUCCUACCAGUUAUCGUCCUAGUCAUAUUUUUGUCAAUAUUUUACCUACGUUAGAACGAAUAUUGUAUGGUGCUAGUUUAUCUGAAAUCAUCUCUAAACAUACUCAUCCUAUUCUUGACGUAUUAGCGUGGUUACCUUAUGGUGUUAUUCAUUUUUCUUUACCAUUUAUUUUGGCUUUUCUUUUAUUUAUCUUUGGUCCUCCUGGUGCUGCUAAUAUAUUUGGUCAAGCUUUUGGUUAUAUGAAUAUUGCUGGUGUUUUGACUCAAUUAUUAUUUCCUAAUGCUUCUCCUUGGUACGAAAUGUCAUAUGGAUCAGCACCUGCUGAUUACUCUAUUCCUGGUGAACCUGGAGGUUUAGCGCGUAUCGAUGACAUUCUAGGUUUGAAAUUGUAUGGCUCUACUUUUGGUGGUUCACCUCUUGUGUUUGGUGCUUUCCCAUCUUUACAUUCUGGAUCUGCUACUAUCGAAAUGCUUUUUGUUACUUAUCUUUGUCCUAAACUAUGGCCUCUAUCUAUUGGUUACACAAUGUGGUUAUGGUGGUCUACCAUGUAUUUGACGCAUCACUAUUUAAUUGAUUUGGUGGGUGGCUCCAUUUAUGCUUUUUUGACGUUCUUUGUCGCUCGUCAGUACUUGCCCAAGGUCGAUCCUAAGAAACCCAAUCGAUUAGCUUAUUUUAUUGGUAUGCCUAAUACUUCCAUCAGCAACUUUAUCCGCAGUAUUGAAUAUAGUAUGUGUUUCAGCAAUACUCAUUACGUCAAAGUCGAUAAUAACUACGAAGAUAUCGAACAACAAAUUUUAUAUGAGGAAAAGGAAUAUGAUCUUGUGCAUGGAACAACAACAAUGGAUGGUCAACCUCAAGAUAUCUAUGUAUUAAUGGAACCUGAUAUGGAAAAACGACAUCAACGACGUCUUCAUCAUUAUCAACGCCAUCGAAAGAAUGGUUCUUUGGCACCUAUUCGUAUGCGACGUAUAGAUUCAAAUGAACGAUCAUUGGAUGAUGACGAUGCAACUUCCUCUUCAUGGUAUGCACCUGCCUUGGUCUCUUCACAUACUUCGCCCACAAGUUCUGAGCCUAAUUCUCCUAUUACACCAUAUACACCUGAUCCUGAUGGCAUUAGCUGGAAACGAUGAAAAUAUAUUAUAUUGUAUAGAUUUUUUUUCCCUUUUUCUUCAUCAUACCUAUAUUUCAUUUUUUACUUUUUUUAAUUUUACUUAUUACUAUUAUAUUUACAUCUUUACAUUACUUUGUAUUUUUUUUUUAAUUCUAUCCCUUUUAUUAUUUGUACUUAAUACUUUCUUUCAUUCAACACUAUAUUCCUUCUAUAUUUGCCAUUUUAGUUUUUUAUUAUUCUUAGUUUGAUUUCCUAUACUUCUACUUGUACUACUUUUUUUCUUCUUGUAAUUCUUCUCCCC